UCUUGCUAUAAUGGCCUCAUUUCGCACCUCAACAUGCAGCACAAGCUUGACGAUUUCAACUCGUGGCAAACACUCACUCGGCCAAGUCAGAGUCAGGUGAGAGUGGUGGUUAACUGUGGUCUGUGGUCACUGUAGGCCGGCACGCAGCCAUGGCCGGCGACGAUGAGCAGCGGCCGCUGCACAUCCUCUUCUUCCCGUUUCCCUCUCCGGGCCACCUCAUCCCGAUCGCUGACAUGGCCGCGCUCUUGGCGACUCGCGGCGCCAAGUGCACAAUCCUCACCACGCCGGUCAACGCUGCCACCAUCCGCCCGGCCGUCGACCGUGCCAACGACGCUCGCCGUGGAACUGCGGAUUCCCCAUCCCCACCGGCGAUCCAGAUCUCCGUCGUGCCCUUCCCUGACGUUGGGCUCCCGCCGGGCGUGGAGAACGCCACGGGCCUUACCGGCGACGCCGACCGCGACAAGUUCUUUCACGCGAUCCAGCGGUUCCGCGGGCCCUUCGAGCAGUUCUUUGCCGGCGAAUGCCCUGACGCCGUCGUCGCCGACAGCCACUUCCAGUGGUCCGUCGACGCCGCGGCGGAGCACGGCGUCCCGCGGCUGGCGUUCCUCGGCACCAGCAUGUUCGCGCGGGCCUGCACCGACAGCAUGCUGCGCAACAACCCGCUGGCGUCUUGCCCCGACGCCGUCGUCUCCCUACCGGGGCUGCCGCACCGCGUCGACAUGUUACGGAGCCAGAUGGUGGACCCCUCCAAGCGGCCGGAGAGUUUUGCCUUCUUCCAGCGCGUGAACGCCGAGGACCAGAGGAGCUACGGCGAGGUGUUCAACAGCUUCCACGAGCUGGAGCCGGACUACGUCGAGCACUACCGCACGACGCUCGGCCGCCGCGUAUGGCUCGUUGGGCCGGUCGCGCCAGCCGGCGGAGACAUGGGCGCGACCAAAGGCGCCACCAGCGAGCUCUCGUCUGACGGCGCCGGCUGCCUGCGGUGGCUCGACACGAAGCCGACCGGCUCGGUGGUGUACGUCUCCUUCGGCACGCUGUCCAGUUUCUCGCCGGCCGAGCUGCGCGAGCUCGCCGGCGGCCUCGACCUCUCAGGCAAGAACUUCAUGUGGGUCAUCAGCCACGCAGGCGCAGGAGCAGACGCCGACACCGAUGCACAACCGGAGUGGAUGCCCGAAGGCUUCGCCGAGCUUAUGGCGCCGCCGGGCGGGCGCGGCUUCAUCAUCCGCGGCUGGGCGCCGCAAACGCUCAUCCUGAGCCACCCGGCCGUCGGCGCGUUCUUGACGCACUGCGGCUGGAACUCUACGCUGGAGGCCGUCAGCGCCGGCGUGCCGAUGGUCACGUGGCCGCGGUUCGGCGACCAGUUCUUCAACGAGAAGCUCGUCGUGGAGGUGCUCCAGGUCGGGGCCAGCGUCGGCGCCUGCGACUACGCGUCGUUCAUGGAGACCCAUCAUGGCGUGGUGCGCGCCGAGGUGGUCGCUGGAUCCAUCGGGACGGUGAUGGGCGACGGCGAGGAGGGCGAGGCGAUACGGAGCAAGGCCAGGGAGCUCGGUGUCAAAGCUAGGAUGGCAGUGGGCAACGCCGGGUCGUCGUACGGCGAUGUUGGGCGGCUAAUGGACGAGUUGAUUGCUCGCCGACGGACCUAAGAGCAUCUCUGGCAGACCCGCAAAAGUGAUCAAAUCCGUAAAAAUCCGCAUUUUCAGUUUCGUGAUGUCAAAAAAAUCCUGAAUAGAUCCUGCAAAAGCGAUAAAACCCGUAAGAGUUAAAAGCAUCAGGAGUCCUACAACUUGCAUCGAAUGUGAUGGUUUAGUCCUAGAACUUGCAUUUUGACCCUACCCAGUCUCAGAACUUGCAUCAAAUGUGCAAAUUUGGUCCUGACGAAUCACAUAAUGCCAUGUGGACGCAUGGGUGCCGACCCGGUCAGCGCGUGCCAUUUUGCAGAGAGGCUUGGUAGGUUUCUAGAGUGGUAAUGGGAAGCUAUGCGAUAGGGGAGAUUUGAUGGUGUGUCAUUGAGUUAAUUGUACAGAAGUAUCAUAAUUAAGGCAUUACAUACAGAUUGGUAUCACU